CCUUGCUGCUCAGCUGGCGGCAGAGAUGCGCUCGCCAGCAGCAGACUCGACAGAAACGCCUUCCGCCUAUCUCCCACUGCAGGGCCGCGGCUCGGUCUCACCUGGACCCGGACCAUCCGGCUCGGCCGGCCGUGGCGCUGGCGGCGGCUACACAGAGACGUACGCGCUGGCGGCGCCUGAUCCGCCGCUCCGGAAUCUGGCGCCGCUGAGCGAGCCGCCGAAGCGGAGCGCGAGCCCGGGCGCGUGGCUGAGCAGAGGCAACAACAGCAGAGGCAACAGCGCCGCGCCAUCGAUGCUUCCAGCGCGGCCGCAUCCGGACACAGUGGCGCUCCAGCUGGAGCUUGAGAACCUCCGCGACGACAUGCGGGUGGCAACGUCGGUCAUGACCGACCUGCGGUCGCGGCUGGGCUCGAUGGAGCUUGCUGCCCGCAACGACGCCGAGCUUCAGUCUGAGCUCCUGUCCAAGGUCUCGCAGCUCGAGCGCGACCGCGAGGUUCUCCGCUCCUCGCUGCAGCACCAGAUGCAGCUGGACCAGUCGGAAAUGUCCAAGCUGGCGACCGCAGUGGCACGGGUGGACGAGAACUCGGAGCGCAAGCGGCAGGAGGACUCGAUCUCGAUGUCACGGGUCCUGGACGAGGUCCGCACGCUCAAGUCUGCGCUGGUCCAAGUUCAGAUGGACGCGUCGUCACAGUCGAACGAGCUGGCGAACGUGGUCCAGCGCCUUGCGCUCGAUUCGAAGGACGGGCAGAUGCAGUUGCUCUCGUUUGAGGAACGCGAGCGUCAGAACCACAGCGCCGCUGCGGCGUCGGCGGCCUCGCUCCGUGACAAGCUCUCGGAGCUCGAGGCUGUCACCUCGGCGCUGCAGAUCGAGAUCCAGGACACCCGGCGGCGGGCGGCGGCACAGAAGGACGCGCUUGUUCUCGCCAUCGACGAGGUCAAGGGCCUUGUUAACUCCAAGGAGUCAACGCUGCAGAGCAAGAUCCACGACGCGGUCAAGCACCUGUCGGCCAUGGUCGAAAAUGCCGAUGCAGCGCGGGCGCAGGACGCGCAAGUCCUCCGGGCCGCGCAAGAGAGCGAGUCUAAGAUGGCGCUCGACCGCGAGGCGUACAACAACACCACUAUCUCCAACCGCUUUUCGCAGCUCGAGUCUGCGCUUCACGACGAGCAGGCGGCCCGGUCCAAGCUCGAGCAAGAGCUGUGGACUCACUUUGACACGCGCUGGCGAAAGAUGGAGGACGCAAACCACCAGGCAAGCCUGCUCCGCGCCAACGAGGAAAAGAUCUUCCGCGCCGAGUUUCUGGAGGGCCUGCAGACGCUGCGGGCGUCGGUGGCUGCGGUCGAGGAGGAGGCUCGCGCUCAGAUUGAGGGCGUGGAGGCACUGGUCCGCGCCGAGACCAAGGCGCGACUGCAGUCGGAUGCGUUGCACACCUCGCACUGGGAGAAUGUCAAGGCGCUGGUGGGCAGCAGCCCGAAAUGAUGGAGGCGCUGGUUCGCAACGCCGAGUCGCGGACAGCAUCGACCGUCGAGUCGCUCAAGCGCGCCAUGAACGAGGAGACGCACCGAAUCUCGGACGCCUAUGCCAAGGCGCAGUCGCAGUUUGACCUCUCUAUUGCUGGUGCGACCAAGCGGCUUGCGGCCGUCGAGAACAAGGUGACCGACGCCCUGGCUUCGCUCUCGUCCCAGAUCGACACGGUCCGACGCGACUCGGUCUCGUCGGUGACCCAGUGGAAGGACUUUAUGGAGGCGCAGCUGCUUGCGCUCGACGCCAAGGUCGCCCAGCUUGCGCCACAGUCGUCGCAAGCGACCAAGGCGCUCCGCAUGGCCAAGAUGGAGCUGGAUGCGUCGAUCAAGGCCGAGGGAGCGACCCGUGCCGAGGAGCUGGCCCGCCUCAAAAAGCAGAUUGCGCGCAAGUCGGAUGACACGCGACUCUCGUCGCUGCAGCAGAGCCAGACGGCAGCCAUGGCCGAGGUCCAGAAUCGGCUGGCCGAUCUUGCCAACUCGCUCUCGACAACCGAGAGCAACGUCUUGCUCAUCAAGAGUGAGUCGCUCUCCUACAAGCAGUCGCUCGACGAGCAGGCUCGCGUCACUGCCACUCUUCACUCGCAGUGGGAGGCUGCCAAGCUGGGUGAGGGGCGGUCGCAGCCGUACGACAACGUUCGGGCCGAGCGGGCACGAUCCCGAUCCCGAUCCCGAUCCCGAUCCCGAUCCCGAUCCCGCUCCCGUUCGCGGUCUGCACCAAAGUCGCGGUCGCGGUCGCGGUCGCGGUCGCGGUC